CCCACAGCCCAAACAAACAUAUGUUUCAAUGUUUCAAUCCCACAUCGCUUAGCAACCAGAGUAUUUCUUUCUUCAUAUGCCACAUCAUAAUGGAAACAGGAGCCGAGCUCUGUAACGUGGGCUUGUGACCCAAUGUAGGGGCAUUAAGGUGGCUAGAAGAGUUAAGAGAGUACUCUACUUAAUAGGAAGCGUACGCAAUACAUAUAGGCCACGGUUAGGGAUUUGGAUUAGGUUAGGAGUUUCUAACUCCUGGACCCGGUGCUGGCUUAUCAGAGCAGUGAUGUAUUCGACAAACGUGUUCCUCUCAGGUCCACUCUCAAUUUCCACUUCCACCUUUUUGCCCAUGAAAGAUUAAUCAGACAAUCAAUGCAGCCCUGCUGAAGCUGACUCUCAGGCAAACUCAGUGAGUCAAUUAUGUUUGGUUUUCUCUCUUCAAGACAGCUACUUUUUGUUACAAAUAGGAGGAGGACCCAGUUGGGUCUUCUUCAGAAAAAUGCUUUCUUUAUCAUCCAAUCAUUUACAUCAGUAGGUUGUUUAUCUGAAUCAGAGUUUGAAAAUGAACCAGAAAGAAAUCAUUUUACAGUGUCUUAUCUCGUAAAAUCAUGUGGGUUGUCAUCAAAAUCAGCUCUAUUAGCAUCCAACAAGGUACACUUUCAAAACCCAGAUAGGCCAGACUCAGUGCUUAGUCUUCUCAAAGAGAAUGGAUUCGACAAUACCCAAAUCACCAAAAUUAUUAGGAGUCGCCCAACUUUGCUUUUAGCUGAUCCUGAGAAUACCCUUUUGCCAAAGAUUCAGUUUUUCCGUUCUAUAGGGGUUUCAGGCUCUGACCUCCCUAGAAUCCUCACUAUAAGCCCUGACCUACUGCGAAGGAGCUUGACUAAUCACCUAAUUCCAUGCUAUGAUUUCCUUAAAAGUGUGCUUCUUGAGAAUGAGAAAGUCAUUACCACUAUGAAGCGCUCACAGCGUGCUUUUCUAUGUGAUGUAACCAAUGUUAUGGCUCCAAAUGUUGCUCUUUUGAGAGAACUUGGAGCACCUCAAUCUGCCAUCUCUCUUUUGGUGACUCAUUCUCCGAGUAUGGCAUUCAUUACACAUGCGAAGUUUGUUAAGGCCGUCCAGGAGGUUAAGGAAUUGGGCUUUGAUCCUUCAAAAGCAUUGUUUGUGCAGGCAAUCCAAGCGGUUUUGAAAUUGAAAAAACCAAUGUGGGAAUCUAAAUUUGAGAUUUUUAGGAGGUGGGGUUGGUCUGAAGCGGACACUCUCUUAGCAUUUAAAAAGCAUCCAAUUUGUAUGCUUUUAUCAGAGGAGAAGAUCACAAAAGCAAUGGAAUUCCUUGUGAGCAAAUUGGGUUUCUCAUCAAAAAGUAUUGCUAAAAAUCCUGUGGUUCUGAAUUUAAGCUUGGAGAAGAGGAUUAUCCCUAGGUGUUCAGUUGUUCAAAUUUUGUUAGCCAAGGAUUUGGUCAAGAAUGACUUAAGCUUAGCAACUUUCUUACUACCUACUGAGAAGUAUUUUUUGGAGAAGUUUGUGAUCAGAUUUCAGGAUAAUGUUCCUCAAUUGUUGAGUGUGUAUCAAAAUAAGAUGGAGCUUCUGGAUGUAGAAAUUCAAUCUGAGAAGGCUCUAGGAAAGGUGAUACCCACGAGACAUGGCUUAAGUGGAGAGCAGUUGCCAUUACAACAAAGUCUGACUUCAGGAUCGAGCUAAAAGUAGUGCUCUCAAAUUGAGUACUUAUGCAUAUGGGUUGUGUUUGCUCCUUUAUUAUUAGAUAUGCAAAUUUACCAUACGUGAUACAGAAUUCAGUUAUGACAAUUCACUGCAUUUUUUUAAUAAAAAUUUCAGUCUGCUCUUAUGCUCGUUGAUUUGUAAUUUCAACCUUUAUGGCUAGAUUUGUGUGGAUGUUUAAUGCUUCAAGUUUUCUAGUGUAAUCACGAACUCAUCUGUGAUAGGUCUACUUUGUUAGCAUUUCCAGAACUAGAUUUUUCCAUUUUUCUCCCCAAAAAAAAAAAAAAA